AGGCAGCAGGGAUGUCACUAAGAUUUCACAUUGCCGGGUAAAUACAACAAGUAGGCGGGGAAUCAAACAGGUAUGGAUUUCUUUUGGUUCUAUUUUUCUUCUAUUUUCCUAUGCAACGAGCCGGGGAAGUGCCCGGCCCACAGCUCUGUCUAGAUUUCAUUCAUGAGGAUUUUGCUCAUAUAGAUCAGUGUCAUGUGAUUUUAAGGACAAUUAAAUAGUAUUGUUUCACGUACCCCCAAGAAAGUGGUGAGGGAUUAUUUUAAUUUUUCAUGAGCCAUUAAGAUACCAUGGAAAUAAAAAUUUUAACUUUAAGUCUGAGUAUUCCUUUUUAUGGCAUGUAUUUUUUGUGUAUAACAAUUUGGGACAAUUGUUAUUACGCGCCGAAAGGAAGAAAGUCUUUUAUGUCAUCAUGAUCACUGCCAGCCGUGAUUAAUGUAAUGAUUCGUAGUAAAUUAUAUGCUGGAAUUAGGCAAGGGUUCUUCAAGUGUAUAUAAGAAUUUUAUUUUUAAAAAUGUUCCAGUUGUAAAGAUAUUGCAGUGAAAAAAGUUGCUUAUCAUAUUUUAUAUGACAAAAUGAAAUUAUUUAUGAUCAAAAUUUUGAAAUUAAUAGAUGAUGAUUAAUGUCUGAUAUCAGAUUUAUACAGUUGCCAGGUAGAAAGAAAGCAAAAAUAUUUAACUGAAUUGUUCUCGGAAGAGGCUAUAGGGAAUUUUUAUAAUUAAAAUCCUUAUUUGGAAAUAUUGGAGAUUUUGAAGAUUUUGGAAAUUAUUAGAUUCCAAAGUUGAAUAUAACUUGUUCACUAAAAACAGCUACAUGUUUUUAAUAUUAACUUUUUUAUGUGAACAGUGUUCUAUUACUAUAAUUGCAUUUAGAGGCAAGUCUGAAUAUGACAUGAUACCGGAAAAAAUAGUUUUGUCUAUUUAAUGCCAUGGAAAGGGUGAAAUAAAGUCAAUAUCAAUCAAAGUACAUGUACAUUGCUUGUUGUAGUUCAGUAUAUGUUCCAACCCAUUUAGUUAGUGUUCUCAUCAUUUUCCAUUAGUGAGCUUGAAUUAAUUUGAUUUGGGGGCCAGAAAAAAAUGGUUAACAGUCAAGUAGUUUUAAUUUGGUUUUCAUGGUCCAUGUUAUACUUUGUUUAUGCCAUGAAAAUAGUGGAAGCCCAUUGAAUUAUUAAUUUUCAUGGGUCUUCAAAAAGCCAUGAACAUUUUUCAUGAUCUAUUAAUCUUUCAAUAUUAAUGGAAUAACCACAUGGUUUUUCAUGGGUGAUGAAUUCAGAGGCCUCAUGAAAAGACCAUGAACUACAAGACCAUGAAAAUCCUUCUUUGUAAUUCACGGCAUUUUCGAUGGCAUUAAAAGGCCAUGAAAAGCAACCCAAAAUUUUCAUGGUGUUUUCAUGAGUAUUUCAUGGAUUUGCCCAAAACUUAAGGGUUUUCAUGGCCCAUGACUGAAAGAUUAAGGGGUUUUUAAUGGCUUUUUUAAUGUUUUUUUUUUCAUGCUUUUUCCAGGGUGACAUGCCAUGAAAAAUCUUUCCCUAUGAAAAUGCCAUUAAAAUCCUUUGAAAAUCCCAUGAAUUUACCGUAAAUUAAUUCACAGGAUUUUCAUGGGUUUUUAGUUCAUAGUGUAGCUACUAGGCUAUAUGUUAUAGCCCACAAGAAGCGAAAAGUGCCAGAUUUUUGGCGACAAAAAAGGAUUAAAGUCUUGCUUUAAGUUGUUUUGUCUCGAUAUUUUUGACUAACUAGUUGGAUUUUACUAAAACAAUUAUUCCUCUCGCAGGGUUUGCAAAUUUUAUUGAUGAGUGGAGUCACUGUGACUUCUGCUUCACAAAUUUUGGAGUCAUUUAGGAAUAUUUGGAGUCAAGUAUCACAACGAAAAAAGCCAUUUUCAGACUUUCGAGCACGUAGUCCUCUCGUGUAUACACUAUCGUGAUGGAUACACGAAGUAGCUGUGGCGGUCCGCUGACCUGGAAAGCUCAAAUCCAUGAUGGCGGUCAUCCAAUAAACUUUGAUCGUAAUUAACCCUCUUCCUAUUUGGUCGUGCAGUAUAAUUCUUUGAUUUCGAUGAUUUAAUUAAGGUUUACAACGUUUACAAUUAACGUAAAUUUGAUUUGUUGCGAAAAUGGUAAGGACAAAACUGUGUUUUUUACCGAAAAUUUCUGCAGUCGAAGUGGCUUCCUGUUUGUUACCGAAAAUUUCUCGCGUCGAAGUGACUCCCUCCGUAACCUCUGUGGAGUCAUCUGAACAAUGUUGGCGUAAAAUACGCCAAAUUUGGCGUAUUUGCGAACCCUGCCUCUCGCCUUCAUGGCCUCUGAGUCAAUAGCCCAUUCGGCCCUCAUGGGCUAUUGACUCAGAGCCCAUUCGGGCUCGAGGAAUAAUUGUUAAGAAACGGUCCAGAUAAGAAAGAUAGCACUGAACGGCAACGAACAUGUUGGAAUGCAAAAAAGGUGCUAACUUUUCUAUUGUCUGUACUUACUUCUGAUUGGCUUAAACAGCAAAAGUUAACAAAACUUCAUAAAGCAGUACAUAAUUCAUCCUUACUUUCCAACCAUCUUCCAUAUAACAAAAUCUGGUCUCAGUUUGAAAAACAAAGACAUCCUAGGUGGGGAACAUGUGAAAUUGUAAACUUUUCUUGGCUAUUGUUUUCAGCUGUUGUGAUUGGUCGAAAUCUUUUAACACAAAAAACACCCUUUCAAAGUGGAGUGUAAAUGCAUUUUAUUGCGUAAACGGCCUUCAUGUAGGUUUAGCAUUCUCUGUGUAAAAAUGAGAACAUUCCUAUGUGGGGAAAGCACCGUUGCCGCAUAACAAAAGAAACUGCUAUUCACCGUACCCGGAUCGUUACUUAAUUAGUCUCUAGUCUGUAACAACACCUGAGGCUGAAUAACACGAUAUUGUUUGAUUCCCCCCUCAGUGAAAGUCCAUAAAGUAGAGGAGACUGUUUUCUUCUGGCUAAACAACUGGGGACAUGGCAACUUCGUUGUUAAAAGAAUUGACGUCACGGCCAAAGUUAUUGUUCCUUGGCUUGAUUGUCGCCUUCAUUUAUCUGUUUACAUAUUCAAAACUGUCUCCUGUAACUUUCAAUUUCCGACAGCUGGUUGGUAACGACUCCGAGCCUCGGUUUCCGCAGAUCAGACCGUAUACCACCAUAGGACCACCGAAUAAAACAGCGAUCACAGACACCCCAAUAACACUAUUCUUGAGAAUGUCAGGCAGUCGGCAGGAUCACUUGUUUCGUUUUUAUUGUCACCUUUACAGGACUUUUGUUAUGUAUUGGCCUCCUUCCCUUGGAAAAUUUGUUAUAGUUCUUGAUAAAGAAGGAAAGGACGAUUACAAAUUUGCUGCCAAAGUAACAAAUGAAACGAAGUCUUAUUUUCCAGAUUAUAAGGUGGAAGUACUGUAUGAGCCCCUCCCCCAAAAAGACGACAUAUUGAACGUUAACGACGGUCAUCCUAGGGGCUACACCAGGCAGCUUUGGAGCAGUUUCUUUAUUGAUCAGUAUACAAAUGACUCCAUAAUUGCUUGGAUGGACAGUGAUACUGCCUUUCUCACUCCAGUAACUAAAUCUACGAUUUUUGCCGGCACGAAGCUACGGGCUAUAGCCACUCAGCCUGAAAUCACAAGCUUUAGGUUUUGGGUGAAGCAUUGGGUGGCAACUAAUGAAAUUGCUCUAGGAUUGCCGUUUGCUGCUGAUUUCAUGACUUAUUUCCCUGUAUAUAUAUACCGGGACACCUUUACGCACUGCAGAGAAUACAUACUAAAAAGAUUUAACUCAACUGAUCUUGAGGAAGUCUUUCCAAAGUUCUUCGAGACGAACGGGACAGAGAGACUGGAGCUAUCCCCUGUCAAUAUUGUUCUCAAUUAUGCUUGGUAUUUUGAAAGAGAUCGCUACGACUGGAGUUUCGAGAUCACCAGGAAUCUAACAGAAUAUAAUGAAGAGUUCCCAAAAGGCUAUGCUAUUGGACCUGAAUAUGUAAGAACGAUACUGGCGGAACCUCAAACAGCCUUCCAUUCAAUGAAAACAAAGGGAAUGUGGAUAUGGUCAAAGAUUCUUAUCAGUUACUGCUUGUCACACCGAGCGGCGGGAAAUACUACGGUAGAUAUAUGCACCAAUAAUAUGCCUGACGCGGCGUUCAAGGAUAAUUUUCCUCUUUUUAACUAUGAUCUUCAGUUCAUUACAGAUCCUCUUAGAUCCCCUUGCAAUACCGGCAACAAUAGCUUUACCUGCCUGCGAAUCCUAGAGCGUCAUUAUAACCAAGUUGGUCUUGAGAUUAAACAAGGGCGUAAGUUGGAAUGGCGCAAUAUAGAAACGGUUGAACAGAUUGCUAAGAACUCUGGUAUAACAUGCAAUCCAAUUUACAAUUAGCCGCCUUCAGACAAGAGAAAUUCGCAAACGCUACAUAAAGUACCUUUAAGCUAAGGUUUGAAUUUUUCCCAUUUAUAAGAUUAAUAAUAUACACGA